CUUCGUUGAACAGAGCCCUUGUUGACAGCCGGCUCCCGAUUACGCUACAUAAGGUCUCGCAAACGUACACCCAUAGUGUUUGCUUCUUUAAAAAUCACCCUUCGCCUCCGCUCACAAAUCGACACGAAUUCUAGACGAGAGGCUUCGUAGAUCGUCUUCGGGUCUGUCCAGUUUCAGAAUGGAGUGCCCCGAAGCGGUCGAACGAGGUCAAAAUUUUCGUCUACUUAAAAAUGAAGAGCUACCAGAACUUUUGGAUUACCUCACGCAAUACUUGCCAGUAUCUCUCAAGUUUCAGCAAACCCUCCUGACUUAUAUGAGACACAGAGUAUGGGAGUUCCAUUUCUACGUAGCCAAUGACUGGCCGGAAGUUCCUGUCUGUUUACAUUUUCCAGGGAUGACUCUUGCCCCCCAUGGUUUGCUGUAUGAAAGUGUCGGUGUCUUCUGUCCGCUAGAUCAGCUGCAUUUAUUAGGAAUUAUGCAAAAUGAAGACAUAUUAAUCGACUGGUCAAGACCAUUGUAUAUUAAUUUCGUUCAUUCCGAUAUUGCGGAUAAAUUAACUCAGCUCUAUGAAGGCGCUGGAACUGUCGAGCGGGUUCUCGGCGAUGUCUGGGCCUGUGAAGAGCCGGAAAAAACUGAACAAAUUGAGGAUGAACCUGUGGAUUUAGAAGAAGAAGUUCAGGUUCUUCCCUUGAAAGCGGAACAUGCGGAAUGCAUUCAUGAGUUAUACCCUGCUAACGAUAUGGAGUGCCACGAGCUUUUCCUUCGUCUUAUCAGGAUUUUACCAGCAGCUGGUGUAUUUGUGAACGGAAAACUGGCUGCCUGGAUGGUGCAAUCAUAUUACGGGGCCAUGUUUUCUAUGCAAACUAAGCCAGAAUAUCGAAGAAAGGGUUACGGCAUUCGACUGGCAAGAUAUUUAACGAAGCUAGUCGCAGACCGUGGCUACAACCCGUUCGUCGUGAUACGUCCAGAAAACGAGGCGAGUCAAAGUCUGUACAAGAAAUUAGGAUUCAGAAAAUUGUAUCAAAUGGUCCGGAUGACCUUUAUUCCAGAUACGUGGCAAGAAAUGGAAGACGAGGCGAAUUCGAUACUGAGGGAUAAUUUAGAAAAUGCAGUUAGGCAAUUAAAUAUUGAACAAAGGAUAAUAAACGCAUUCCAAGACGACCAAGAGACGAUCCUCAUUGAACCUGUAGAUGAGGCUGAAAAUACGGUGCUCGAGACCUCGGAUUUGCCAGUUGAGAUUGAGGGUGUUAUCGAGGAACCAGAAGAUCAGAGCAGGACUGAGAGGACUGAAGAAAAUCCUGUCGAAGAUGAGGCUGAAGUAGUUGUAGAGGAAUUGGAAGAUCCAGAAGACGACGAAUAUAAUUAUGUCAGAGAUGACGAAGUACUAGAGUCUAUCGCAGAACAGUCAGAAGAAAGGAGGGACUCCACAGAAGAAUCCCAAGAGUCUUCUUCUGUACAAAACGAAGAAACUGCAACUGAGGCAUAAAGUUUCCAAAUUCUCAGCAAGAACACAGGCCCUAUAUUGAGAAUAUUCGCGAAAUCUGGAAUAAAAUAUAGGGGAGACCACCCUGGAGUAGAUAAUAAUAAUUAAAAGCACAAAUAUAAGUAAAAUUGCACUUUCCACUGUGGGAUGGUGUCUUCAAUAUUUUAAUUUACGAAGAGGAAGAAAGACUCACUAGUUCUGCUUCUCUGCACCAAUCUCUAGAGGUAGAAUUAAAAUCUCUACGCGAAAAAGGAAAUAAUGCUUUUAAAUUAAGGAUAUUAUAGCUGUCCACGUAUAGGAAGACGUGUUUACAGCAUCAAAUGUAAAACAGUAAUCAAUGGGAAUCAUGGAAAAUGUAUGCGGAUUGUUCGUGAGAAAUGAGUCAUCAAGAUUUUCUACAUUAGUUUGUUUUUCGUUCUAGUGAAAGCGAUGCGAAUCAAUUUUUGCAGGAGAACUAGAACAAUAAAAAAAAUCAAGUUAGAAAGCAAAUCAAAUUAUUUGAAUUUUUAUAAGAAGGAAUCUUGUUGUACUAGGAAUUUUACAAAGAAAAUAGCCUUACUUAUUCAAGUCCAAAAAAAUACGUAUUAUAAUUUUAUUUACGCACAAGACAAACUUAUGAGAGAAAAACAAAUUAAUUAUAAUUUUGAAAGUUGCAUUUUUUUAGCCAAGUUAUUUUAUCAUGCAGUUGCAUUAAUAACAGAGAGAAUGGUUAAACUGACAAAAAGAACGACAACGAUCAAACAUCAAACCUUAAUUCCACAGCUUUUAGCUUACUUACAAUUAGCGCUAGUCGCUGUCAAUCUUGGCGUUUUUCGCUGUCGGGCCUAAAUAUUAAGUAUUAAAUAUCUUUGAUACUCUUAAUCGGUGUACCGAAUUUUUUCUCUUAUUCUCUCGAGCACCUGCUAUUAAAUGCAACAAAUUGUUCUCAGUCAAACAUUACAUGCAAAGAAACCAUGUAACAGCAAUAGAGCCAACAAACUUGUGCCACGAAAUUGAAACAUUGUGAUUAAAGUGUGUUUGUAGAAACUAUACGAAAUGCAGAUGCUUAUUUUAAAAGCGGAGGAAUGAUGGGUAACUUGCAAUUACAACAAACCAACGAUGUAAAUGUAUUUUUCUUCACAAAUGCACUUUGACAAAGAUGUGAGUCCUUAAAAACGAUUGGAAAUUCAUUGUACUUUAUAAACUGGACACAAAGAAGUGAGUAAUAAACUGGAGAAACAUA